AUGUUCCCAAAUGAAAGUCCCGAAGACAAAAGAAAAAGACAUAGACAGAUCUUUGAUUCUAUAGACAAAGGCAAUUCAGGCUACGUUUCUUUCAAAGAUUUUGAAAACGCAAUGAAGGAAGCAGAACAUCCAUUGAAAGAUUCGCCAGCCGCAAUGUCACAUAUUUAUAAAUCCUUCUCAGAAAGCUCACCUAAAGGCUCUAUUUGGAGGCGACGUACAUGUGUUGACUUCGACGAGUUUGACAAAUAUUUAAUGACAGCAGAGUCGCAAAUAGAAAAGGGUUUUAUAAACCUAGACAAAGACAAUGAUGGCAUUAUUAAACCUGAGGAUGUUUCUCGUUAUUUAUCGAAUAUUGGUUGUGAUCCAAAAUCCCAGGAAGUUGAAACAUUUUUCAAAAACAUGGAUCUACAAAAGAAAGGUUAUGUAACAUAUUCAACCUUUAGGGAUAGUUUAUUAUUUAUGCCUAGAAUCGACGGAUCGAGAAUCCGUACUGCAUAUAAGUUUUUCAAUGAUGACUUGGAUAACUUGUCCUCGGAAGGUGAUGUUACAGUGGGUGAUGACAUAUUGAAUAGUGUGGGCUUUUUUCUUGCAGGGGGGUUGUCCGGUGUGGUUUCGAGAACAUGUACGGCGCCUUUAGACAGAAUCAAGGUGUUUUUAAUUGCCAGGACAGAUUUGUCAUCUACAUUGUUGAAGAAUAAAGAGAAAUUAACACACAUAAUUGAAGAAUCCACUCACAAAAAAGUAACUCCUCAAAAGAUUGAAUCUCCAUUGAUUAGGUCUAUUAAAACCAUUUAUAAACAGGGUGGAAUCAAAGCUUUCUAUGUGGGAAAUGGUUUGAAUGUUAUGAAAGUUUUCCCAGAAAGCGCAAUGAAAUUUGGUUCUUUUGAGGCAACAAAGAAAGUACUGUGUAGAGUAGAAGGUGUUGAGGAUGAAAAGAAACUGUCUAAAGCAUCUACUUAUUUAAGUGGUGGUAUUGGAGGUGUUAUAGCACAAACUACUGUUUACCCUGUCGAUACUUUGAAAUAUAGGAUCCAAUGCGCAUCACUCGAUUCCAAAGUAAAGGGUUUCAAAUUAUUAACUUCUACUGCCAAAGAUUUAUACAGAGAAGGUGGUAUAAGAGCCUUCUACAGAGGCUUGUUUGUUGGCCUCAGUGGUAUGUUUCCAUAUGCAGCAUUAGAUUUAGGUACUUUUACGACAGUCAAAAAAUGGUAUACUAAACGGGAAGCUGAAAGGUUGGGAUGUUCUGUUGACGACGUUAGUUUACCAAAUUAUUUGGUUCUAACAAUUGGUGCGUCAUCUGGUACUUUUGGUGCGACGAUGGUCUAUCCAAUCAAUUUGUUAAGAACCAGAUUACAAGCACAAGGGACUUUUGCACAUCCAUACACUUACACUGGUAUCGUUGAUGUCACGGCACAGACAAUUAAAAGAGAAGGUGUUCAAGGUUUGUUUAAGGGAUUGGUUCCUAACUUGGCAAAAGUUAUACCUGCGGUUUCAAUAAGUUACUUAAUGUAUGAAAACCUAAAACAGUUGUUUGGUUUAAACGAAAGAAAGUGA